UUUGCCAUGCAAAUACUCUAUUGUUACAUGCUGGGUCCCUCCCUACUCACUUAAACGAUUAACUCCACCCCAAAAGAGAAGAACUUUUGCCUAAACUGCUGGAGGAGAGACAGACUCGGCCCCUGAAACCAUGGGGCCCGUCAGCUACUCAUCAGAGACCUAUGAUUUGAGUCAGGUGGAGCUGAGCGGUUACUAUGAAGCAGAGAAUACCACCCCUUCUUUGGAGGGCUACUUUUGCUUCAACCCAGCCUCUUCCGUGGUCGGCAACCAGAGAGACCCCUUCCGAAAGGUCUUCAUGCCCCUUAUCUAUCUGCUGAUGUUCAUGUUGGGAUCUGUGGGAAAUGCCCUGGUCCUGGUCAUUUUAGAGAGGUUCAAGCGGUCUCGCACUACCACAGAAAAUUUCCUUUUCCACCUCACUCUGGCCAACCUGUCACUGUUGCUCACCUUCCCCUUCAGUGUGGUGGAGAGCUUGGCUGGGUGGGUAUUUGGGAAGUUCCUCUGCAAGAUCCUCAGCUCUGUCCACAAGAUCAAUUUCUACUGCAGUAGCAUGCUGCUGGGGUGCAUUGCGGUGGACCGCUACCUGGCCAUCGUCUACGCAAUCCACACCUACCGCAAACGCAGAGCUCGCUCCAUCCACCUCACCUGCACAGCUGUCUGGCUCUGCUCACUGCUUCUGACCUUACCCGAUCUCAUCUACAUGGAAGUCUGGACUGACGAGAGCAAUCGCAGCAUUUGCUAUUUUCCGGAGGUUGGGAUCGAUGGCAACAACGCCUGGCUGGCGACUCGUUUCCUCUACCACACCGUGGGCUUCUUUGUGCCUCUGCUUGUCAUGUGCUACUGUUACAUGGCCAUCGUCCGGGCUCUUUGUCAGUCCCAGCGCCUGCAGAGGCAAAAAGCUGUCCGCGUGGCCAUCCUGGUCACAGGCGUCUUCCUGCUCUGCUGGAGCCCUUACCACAUUGUCAUCUUCCUGAACACGCUUACUAAGCUAGAGGCUUUCACCAAGAACUGCCUCCUGGAAGACCAGCUGGACACGGCCAUCAUGGUGACAGAGGCCAUCGGCUUCACGCACUGCUGCCUCAACCCCAUCCUCUAUGCCUUCAUUGGAGUCAAAUUCCGUAAUGACUUCUUCCGGAUCCUGCAGGAGCUCGGCUGCAUCAGCCAAGAGACCCUGCAGGAGAUCCUGGAGGUGACAAGAAAGGGCAGCGGUAUCGAGUCUGACAACACCACUUCUAUCUCCACUUUCUAGCUGGGAAAGGCAGCCUACAGGGCAAAACUGCCCGAGGCUCGCCUUCCCAGUGGCAUACCUGCUCUGGCCUCAGUCUCAAGGUUCACAAGCAUCUCCACCGCUUUCUUCGCUCCUCGAGGAGCUGUGGUCCAAUAGCCACCCAACACCCAAAUCCCACCAGAUACCUUCCUCAGCUCUUCCUGGUUCUCAUACCUGCAGGAAUCCGCCUGGCAGCUGUCAGUGAAUGCUGGCUGUGUGACGGUCACUCAGGCGCAGCCGGAUGAAUUCGAGCAGGUCGAACCUGAUGUUUCCGUGUCAGGUUUCCCUUGAAAAACCCACCGUGGGCCUCCCAUGCCUCCCGUACCAGGCACGAGACUGGGGUGCCAGGACAGGGGAAAAGAUGCAGCCAAGUAAACGUGGAGUCACGUCAGUGAGUGAGGUCUGAGGCCGGAAGCUAGGCGGGUCUCCAUUUCAGCACCUCGGGCCGGUAAGGACAUUGGACUGCCACAAAUUUAUUUCCUGGCACCAGCCACGUGCUUUACCACUCGUUUGAUCUGUUUUACACGAGUUGGCAUGCGGGGCAGGUGCAGCAGACUCGGGCAGCCCACUACUUCCUAGUAGGUCUUGUCACAGCGUAGCAUCACAGCACUGCUCCAUUACACUGCUCUCGGUAGCUAAGCUGUGGCCUCAAUCGCACAGGAGCAAUAAGUACUGGCUGUCACACAGACACAACCCUAAUCAUGAGCACGCUUUAAAAUCUGCUCUACUGCUCACCUCCCUUUUUGAACCAAGUCGGCACGACGUCAGUUCUCCUGCCGCAGCAGGGAUUUUGUGCUAAACUCGCUUUUGAAGUUCAGCCUGCUAACAAAGGGCUCAGUUGCAGACG